AAAGCUUGUGGGGUUCGCCUCAACGAAAAUAACUUUCUAAGGAAUUUUAUCAGCUUUCUUUUUGAUAUUUACACUCAAAACUAUACUUUUCAAAUAUACGAAAUCUAGGGGCUUACAACUUCGCCAUGGCGAACGCUCCUACAAGUAACGAUGCAUGUUUGAGCAUUGUCCACUCGCUGAUGUGUCAUCGCCAGGGAGGUGAAUCAGAAGCAUUUGCUAAAAGGGCAAUUGAAUCUUUAGUGAAGAAACUCAAGGAAAAAAAGGAUGAACUGGAUUCAUUGAUAACAGCUAUUACUUCUGCAGGAACUCAUCCGUCUAAAUGUGUAACAAUUCAGCGAACUUUAGAUGGUCGUUUGCAAGUUGCUGGACGAAAAGGUUUCCCACAUGUUAUCUACGCUAAAAUUUGGCGGUGGCCUGAUCUGCACAAAAACGAACUUCGUCAUGUAAAAUAUUGUCAGUUUGCUUUUGAUUUAAAGUGUGAUAGUGUUUGCGUGAAUCCUUUUCAUUACGAGAGAGUUGUUUCGCCAGAUAUCACUGGUCUUAGUCUUACGAGAACUUCAGAAAACAAUUUUGGGUCAAGUGGUCAGAGCGAACCAGACUUUAGACAAGCUGUUGUACCCACAGCUCAUCAUUUUCCUGGAGGACAGACAAUUCCUCCCCCUGUAGGACCUCCACAGGAAUUAUACCCUAUCCAUGCUGUGGAGCCAGGAAUGAGUCAUGUUUCUCAAGAUACAUCAACUGGUUCAUCUGCUCCAUCAGGAUGGAGUAGUCCAACUACACCAAGUUUUUCCCAGACAUCACAAAAUACACAGGGUUUUUGGACACAACAAGAGCCUGCUGUGGAAGACACUGGCCCCAUAUCAAAACAUCCACCUCCAGAACAUUGGUGCUCUAUUGCAUAUUUUGAACUUGACCAGCAAGUUGGAGAAAUAUUCAAAGUUACAUCCAACUGUCCCUCUGUCACUGUUGACGGCUACGUAGAUCCUUCAGGAGGAAACAGAUUCUGUCUUGGCCAGCUGUCGAAUGUUCAUCGAACUGAAGCUAGUGAGCGUGCAAGACUACAUAUAGGCAAAGGAGUUCAACUUGAUCUUCGUGGUGAAGGUGACGUUUGGGUUCGUUGCCUUAGUGAACACAGUGUUUUUGUUCAAAGUUAUUAUCUUGAUCGUGAAGCAGGCCGUUGUCCAGGUGAUGCUGUACACAAGAUAUACCCUAGUGCAUACAUUAAGGUAUUUGACCUACGACAAUGUUACCGACAAAUGAAGCAACAAGCCCAUUCUGCCCAAGCUGCAGCAGCGGCCCAAGCAGCAGCUGUUGUAAGUGGGGUAGGGCCAGGAGCUCUUCUUCCUCAGAUGGGGCAAGUCAGUGUUGGUGUUGAUGACUUGAGAAGGUUAUGUAUUCUUAGGCUUAGUUUUGUGAAAGGAUGGGGACCUGAUUAUCCGCGUAAAAGUAUCAAAGAAACACCAUGUUGGGUUGAAAUUCACCUGCAUCGUGCAUUACAACUCUUGGAUGAAAUACUCAUAGGAAUGCCGAUAAAUGAGCCACGCCCACACGACGCAUAAUAUUAACAAAACAAUUAGCUGUAUGUAUUUCUUAGAAACUACAGUCAGAAAAUAAUUAUUUUGUAGAUGGCAAAAUUAUUUGGUAUAACCGUGUUUGCACAAAAAAAAUAUCGAAAUUAAUGAAACUGGGUAUACAGUAAUUAAUAUUCUUAUCCAAAMAUUAUUKUAUCACUUUUAUCUUCCAUCAAGUGAACAAGGACAAAUGACAAUUUUACGAAUCGGUGGAAUUAUGGUUGUGCUUUAGUAUUUUGUCAAGAUUUUGUYCUGGUUUUACGAAGUAUUCAUUUAAAGCAAAUUGACAGUUUGUCGUAGGCAGCAUUUACUUGCAUUUGGGUAUUUUCGAGAUUGCAUAUUGUUAUUUGAAUUGGGCGAUGUGCGCUCUCUUGUUGCAAACAUGAUUUUGUUGGAGUCAACAUACUAAAAGCUUCAUUCAACUUAGCCUGCUAACAGGCGUUACUGCUGGGGGCCGUUCCUUCUCGGCCUGUUAGCAGGCUACAUUCAACUAUGCAAGGAUUAAGAUACUAAGAAAAUAUUGAGGAAACAAGAUGUAUAAUUGAAUGAAAUUGUAAAAAGUUAUGUCAUAAACAAAAAGGACUAUAUUCCGUGCAGGAUUCUGUCGUAAACAACUUAUUGGUCAACUUUUGGUGAUUGAAAUAACCAACAAAGCGGCCAAAGUCACAAAUAUGAAAUCGCACCGAAACCAAGAGAGAAUGAGCUCCAGAGAUUCUUAGAAUACACGCUUUAAGGCAUUCAAAUCUUUCCAUGUGUUUUCCGCUUGCCAGCAUAGUUGGCUUACUAAUAAUAACUUUAUUAAUGCUCCCAAAGUGCUCUUGCGGAAUAAUUUACAAAUAAAUAAAUAAAUAAAUAAAUAAUACUUUUGUAUGUAUAAAACGUAUGUACAAUGAUAUGAAUGUAAAAUGAUAUGUGUUAAAAGUUGUAAUUUAGUGCAAAAGAAGUAAAUGUGUCGCUGCUAAUACAAGUUACCUCAAAGCAAUGAGCACGUUGAACAAUACAAAAUUUAACUUUGUACGGCAAAGUUCGGACGAUUGACUCGCGCUUUCGGCUUUAGAUAUUGAAAAUCUUUGGGUGCUAAUAUAUAUAUUUUAUUGAUUACAGACUGCUAUACUAUAUUUUGAAAUAUCAAGGAGUCCCGUAUAGGAAGUAUAGAUAUGACAUGCUAUAUAUGGUAAUCAAGUAGAUUUUUAUCAUCGAAUAGUAUACACUUUUUAACUUGCGGGAAUUGUGUGCAAUUCUAUGAUCACAUUUACAUACAGUAGAUAUUGGUGAGCAAAUAAAACUCUGAAGCUUGUACGUCAUGUACUGUAUACUCGAUGUAUUGUAGGGUAUGUUUGGGACAAAACAUGGCGGAUUUCUUUUGUUUUCUGAAUUCUUCAGAAACUGAUUCCACAAUGCAUCGCAAAUCACGUAGUUGACAUAAAAACUUCAGAAGUCUAUUUUCAAUUUAAUGAUAAACACUUGCUUGACAUUUGCUUUACAUUUGAAUAUAAUAACAUACAACUGUGAGCAGACAAAUAUUGUAUCCUGCAUUUUGUCGUUGUUCAAACUAAUUUGCAAACAGCAAGUAUUACUAUUUGGACCCUGUUUAYUUGAGUUAWGGUGACUCCAAGUAGUAAAGCUAACUCUUUUGUGUUAUGAAACGAAAAUAAUAGAUAGCCCUACUAUAUACCUAGGAGCACCCUACCUUACGUAAACAGUGCCUAAGCCGUUAUAUAUUUGUCUGCGGUAGUCGCCCUAUCAUUAAUCCUAAACCCCUAAACCUAAUGAUAACGAUAAUACUUUGUUGUUAGAACGAUGUUUGUGAUUUGGUAAAAUAAAAUGCAAAAAAUAAAAAUGUCCAGUACAGCAAUAGACAAUAUUUUUUAACCCCUCAGUUCCUUCUUUUUGUUGCUUGACUCAAUCACAAACUUCGUUCCGACAAUAUCACAUUUAUGCAYCAUCUACACGAGUCCAAUGAUUUUAAUCCGAAAAUAUUUUAUUUUGAUACAUACAGCUAGCGUCCGAACGUGUCCACCAUAUACUCUUGAUGCCUCCGGAGGUUUCUGUAUGUGCUCUCCAGAGCGGACAUUUCUGGGUAGAGUCUGCUGUACGACUUCCAUAUAUGGAUKCCUAUAUGCAUGCCUGUGAUGUACAUAUUGGUCGUUUUCAACCAUUCCCAUGAGAUUCAAAAGAUAAAACAUCGGCAGCCRUGUUGGAGGGACAAACAAUAGAUACUAUAAUGAGAAAUCAACUGUUGAAGUUCCUCCAAGAUGGCCGCUGUGACGUAACUUGAAAACGAAGAAUAGAAGRCUCCCAUGUCCCUAUAGAAGGUUCAUUAAUUAUAUAGUAAAUCUGAUAUACGUAGUUAUUUAUGCAUUCGUUCAUUAAUAUCACAAAAAUUCAGUUUCAAUCAAGCGAAUUGAUUUCAUGGCUUAAUGGUUAGGUUUAGGGAAAAUACAGGGUUAGGCAAUGCAUGGCACUGGUUCGAAUCUUCAUGCUUGUCCUUGAAAAAUUCUUUUCGGUUCAAGUCAUUGAAAAUUUUCUAAGUUCUUCACAUAAUUGGACAUGGGAGCCUUCUAAGUGUACAUUAGCGACAAGAACAUCCACAGCCAUAUAUGGAAGUGCCUCCAGUUGUUAUGUAUGAGAGCGAUCUKUCAUACAACGUCACACAUUUAUGGAUGUACAUACAAAGGGUCACCGACGUACAUAUAGAAGGCCUCUCAUGUACGUAUAAUGUGGAGGAAUUUUUGAAUGACGAGCAGCCUAACUCCUUAACUUAACCAUAUAAGCGUACGAGAGCCUCUGUGCAUCUGUGACUAUCCAGAUGUGGAAGUCGUAUGACUGAUCCUACUUUUAUGAGUUGAAUAUCUGUGGACACAUUUUUUUCCGAGUAUUUUUAUAUACCAUGACAUCACAGCCUUUUAUGCGCAUGCUUUAUUGACUUUUCUUUAAGUAUCUGGGUUCUUAUCGGUUACAUGUGAACAGUCUUAUACGAUUUGUAUAUACUACAUGUGGAUGUGUGUAGACUGGGCGUCAAUCCGUAAAAUUGUACCAAAUCAAAAUGUCACAAAUUGCACUAAAUCUGUAAAUGAACUUYCUUUUGAAUCAUCAUCUUUUAUGAACAACAUUUAGUAAAUGGUAGUGGUUUUCAUAAACCCGUGAAACAAAGUGCAAUAAUCAAAGUGUAUGAUACGCGAUACAGCGAAAAGAUAAAGAAAAACUUGCAAAAUAAUGAGUAACUAGACGAACAUCGGGAUCGUGAAGUCGGGCUACGGCAAAGCACACUGUCACAUUACUAUGGGAUAAAUUUUGUAAAUAAAAUUUUCUGAAAUAUGAAUUGUCGAAGUUUUUAGAAGUACUGAUAGCUCUGACAUUAAAGUACCUAGAAAAUUCCA